AUGGAAAUGUUCGCGGUUCUAUUCAAGCUGGUUCUACCGAAUACGAGAAUAUCGAGGAUUCUCUUCCCUUCCAAGCUCCAGGGUGCACAUUCUAGCUACGUCUCAACUCCGUGUCGGUACUACGUUCCUUCGGCUUCCUCCCUCCGCCUCCGCCCUCCGUCUCCGCUCCCCACUCUCCGCUCCCUCCGCACCCUCGUUCCGCCUCCACAUUCCGCCAUGAGCUUCGCCGCCACGGCCGCGACCCUGCGACGGGAGCUGCAGCAGCAGCGCGCGAGGCAGCUGUACCGCCGAUCGCUCAAGAACACGCUCAGCUGGGCGAUUUUUCGCGACAUCUACUACGACGAGGCCGACAAGCUCCGCGCGCUGUUCGAGGCGAAUCGACAUGAGAAGGCCACCUUCCCUUUUUUCCGCCUUCUCCUCCUUAUCGUUCCCUCCCUCCCCCAUUUCCGCCUUCCCCUCUCCGCCACUCCCCCCGGCCAGAGCGAUCCGGAUCGGAUUGACCGUUUGCUGGCAGCGGGAGAGGCGAAGCUCAAGGAGAACCAGCACCCCGACCCGUACCUCGGCGUUCAAGAAUCGCUCAUCACAAAUCGCAAGCUCAAGGCCAACCUGCAUCCCUGCCAUGGGUGUGGGUGUAUGGCGGAUUCAAGUACGCUCGCAACGCAACCCUCUCUUCUCCCCAUGGGCUCUCCUCCCAUUCUCUCCGCUUCUAUUCCCCCCUCACCCCGUUCUCCAUCCCCUAUGAACCUCCCUCUCCCCACCGCAGUGCCAUGGGUGUGGGUGUAUGGCGGAUCCAAGUACGCUCGCAACGCAACCCUCUCUUUUCCCCACGUCACGCCCUCUCCUUCCUCCCCCCCUUCCCCCGUCCCUCCUGCUCCCUCCCUUCCCUCCUCCCCACCGCAGUGCCAUGGGUUGCCGUGGGUGUACGGCGGAUCCAAGUACGCUCGCAACCCUCCCUUCCCCCAAGAGAUUAGCAUUGUGCAUGGAUUCGGAAAGGAGGAGCAUUAG